AUGGCCUGCUUGCCAAUGUGUGUGAUUCCGGCUCUUGUUAUUGCGAGUGCUCUGUCUAUUUGCCCUGUACAUGUCCUUGGUAUCGGAUUUGUUGUCCCAACAUACCUUAUUGAGCUGGUUGCCGUAUGUUCAAUCACUGCACACACAGAAGGGCACACUGGUAGCGCAAUGCCAAACUGCAAACCUGUUGUCAAGGUGUGUUCAUUGGGUGAAACAGGAUUCGACAAGCUCAUCAAGACCACAUAUGACGAUCCUUUCUUUGAGAUUCUUGCAGUGCCCAUGUCAGAGGAAGAUCUUCUAUUGUACUGCAAGAUUUUGGGCCUGGCUAUUGUUACCCUCAAACUGCCAACCGGUGCCGCUGUGUCCCCAGUUGCCGCCAUCAGACCCUGGGAACAGUCGGAGCUGUCCACAAUGCUUCAAAGUAGGCAGACGGCCCAAAGAUUCGCUCGACUCUGUUCAGCGUUGGCUUGA